AUGACGAGUAGAGUGAGACUCACAUUGCUAAGGACAAGAUGUGCUGCUGUCGGUGCGCUGAAACACAGGACUUUUUACUGCUCAGCGCAGAGGUUACAUUGGCUGGACACCCAGACCUUCGGAGCCCCGCGGAAGAGACGGCAUGCGAACGGGAAAGGGUCCGAUGUGUUCCGGGUACCUGCGGCGCAUCUGUCCCCCUCUCCUCUCUCCAACCCUAAGUUCAGAGUUUUCGAUCUGCCUCGGCAUGCGUGGAGCGGUUCGGGGCUGUGCGGUUUCAGCACGUCGGCUGGUCCAUGCCGAGCGGCUCAAAGCGAAGCGGACGGCAAAAAUCAGCCAGCAGCUGAAACGAACAGCAAAUUAACCCGAAUACCGUCUGAUGACAUCAAAAGGCUCCUAAAGCUAGCGCACCCUGAGCGCUGGCGGCUGGCAGCGGCGGUGGGGUGCCUGGUGGUCUCCAGCACAGUCACCAUGUCUGCUCCCUUCUUUCUGGGCAAAGUGAUCGAUACGAUCUACACACACUCCGCCCCGGACUUCAGCAACGCCCUCUCUUCCCUGUGUGCUGUGCUCUCAGGGGUCUUCCUCUGUGGGGCCGCAGCCAACGCCAUGCGAAUCUACCUCAUCGAGAGCUCUGGGCAACAGAUUGUGAGAAACUUACGCGAAUCCCUUUUUUCCUCAAUUUUGAGGCAGGAGGUGGGUUUCUUCGACAAGACGCGUACCGGCGAGCUCAUAAACCGCUUGUCUGCCGACACGGCGAUUAUUGGACACUCUAUCACCGACAAUCUCUCCGAUGGGCUCCGGGCCAUUGCCCAGGCAACAGCUGGAGUUGGAAUGAUGUUCUACAUGUCCCCCAGUCUGGCAUCCUUUGUGCUUGUGAUCGUGCCCCCCAUGGCUGCCCUGGCUGUGGUGUAUGGACGUUACCUGCGCUCGAUAUCCAGGAGAACGCAGGACUCCUUGGCGCAGGCCACACAGCUGGCCGAGGAGAGGAUCGGCAAUCUGCGGACUGUGCGAGCCUUCGGGAAGGAACUGACGGAGGUGGAGAAGUACGCGCAGAAGGUUAAUCACAUCCUCCACCUGGCCAGGAAGGAGGCCAAGCUUCGGGCGGGGUUCUUUGGAGCGACGGGCCUGAGUGGGAACAUGAUCAUCCUGGCAGUGCUGUAUAAGGGGGGCUUGCUGAUGGGUGGUGAGCACAUAACCAUAGGCGAGCUCUCCUCCUUCCUCAUGUACGCCUUCUGGGUGGGAAUCAGCAUCUCAGGGUUCAGCUCCUUUUACUCGGAGCUGAUGAAGGGGUUAGGAGCCGGGACACGGCUGUGGGAGCUGCUGGACCGAAAACCAGAGCUUCCUUUGAAUGAGGGUGUGGUGUUGAGGCCAGACCAGCUGAAGGGUGAGAUCCACUUUCGCAACAUCACAUUUGCUUACCCAACCCGCAAGGACACACCCAUCUACCAGGACCUGAACCUGAGCGUUCCCGCGGGCUCGGUGAUGGCGGUGGUGGGCCCCAGCGGAUCGGGGAAGUCCACCCUGGUGUCCCUGCUGCUGCGGCUAUACGACCCAGACUCUGGUGUCAUCACCAUAGAUGGCCACGACAUUCGAGAUCUCAACCCCUACUGGCUGCGGAGCCACAUUGGUACUGUUAGUCAGGAGCCGGUGCUGUUCUCCUGCUCCAUAGCAGAGAACAUUGCCUACGGAGGCCCGGACCCCAGCCAGGUGACGGCCGAGGACAUCGAGCAUGUCGCUCGCCUCGCCAACGCUCACACCUUCAUCCAGUCCUUCCCCGAAGGCUUCAACACCGUGGUGGGAGAGAAGGGCGUGCUGCUGUCAGGGGGCCAGAAGCAAAGAGUCGCUAUUGCACGAGCAUUGCUGAAGAACCCUAAAAUACUUCUACUAGAUGAGGCCACAAGUGCCUUGGAUGCGGAGAACGAGUGCCUGGUGCAGGAGGCCCUGGAGCGGCUGAUGGUGGGCCGCACGGUGCUGAUCAUCGCCCACCGCUUCUCCACCAUCCAGAGCGCGGACGCGGUGGCGGUGCUGGACGAGCGGCGCGUGGUGGAGAGCGGCCGGCACAGCGAGCUGCUGGAGAACGAGCGCGGCCUCUUCCGCAAGCUGAUGGAGAAGCAGGCCUUCCUGCAGGCCGAGCAGAAGCACAUGCUGUGCGAGUAGGGGGGCGG